GUUCGCCUGCUCCGCAGAGGAAGUCGCCGCGAUGUCCGAGACCGCUCCCGCCGCCGCCCCCGAUGCGCCCGCGCCCGGCGCCAAGGCCGCCGCCAAGAAGCCGAAGAAGGCGGCGAGCGGCUCCAAAGCCCGCAAGCCCGCGGGGCCCAGCGUCACCGAGCUGAUCACCAAGGCCGUGUCCGCCUCCAAGGAGCGCAAGGGGCUCUCCCUCGCCGCGCUCAAGAAGGCGCUGGCCGCCGGCGGCUACGAUGUGGAGAAGAACAACAGCCGCAUCAAGCUGGGGCUCAAGAGCCUCGUUAGCAAGGGCACCCUGGUGCAGACCAAGGGCACCGGCGCCUCCGGCUCCUUCCGCCUCAACAAGAAACCCGGAGAAGUAAAAGAAAAAGCUCCCAAGAAAAGAGCGCCUGCAGCCAAGCCCAAGAAGCCGGCGGCUAAGAAGCCCGCCAGCGCCGCCAAGAAGCCCAAGAAAGCGGCGGCGGUGAAGAAGAGCCCCAAGAAGGCCAAGAAGCCGGCAGCUGCAGCGGCCAAGAAAGCGGUCAAGAGCCCCAAGAAAGCCGCAAAGGCCGGCCGCCCCAAGAAGGCCGCGAAGAGCCCGGCUAAGGCGAAAGCGGUGAAGCCCAAAGCAGCCAAGCCUAAGGCAGCCAAACCCAAAGCAGCCAAGGCAAAGAAGGCAGCGCCCAAAAAGAAGUAAAUUGUAUCAGAAGAGUUCUCCUCUACAUACUUUGUUAUCCAACGGCUCUUUUAAGAGCCACCCACACUUUCCCUAAAGGAGCUGAUGCACCGAGGCCGUCUGUAACCUGCAGCAAGGAUCGAGUAAUUCGUAAGUCGUCAAGAGGUCAAUUGUGUUUUGUAUUUUUUGUUCCCUAGGAUUACCGAAAGAAAUGCUAAUGAACGCGGUAUAGCGCGGCGGCUUUAGGGAAGUGUAGACCUUUUCUUCUUCCGAGUGAUUACUUUGACUACAAGGAAACAAUGUUUUAUAAUGAUUUGAUAAAAAAUCGGAUGUAUGUUUUUUUAAAGAUUAUAUUUUGUAACAAAAUAAUGCAAUUGCCAGGCACGCUACUACUGAGCCAUGUCUAAUCUAUUGUAUUAUUUCUCUUACGGUAUCUCCGUAAAUGCCUUUUGUCUGUUUGGGGGGAGGAGGGGAGGGUUUCUUUACUGACACAAAUAUAGCCCUCAGUUCUCCCAAUCCUUUUGUUCCCGAUGAGAAAGAAAGAGCUUUAAGUCUUGAAAAAGCCCGCUUUGCCCAAGGAUUGGCCAGUGGAAGUCCCCGCCCGCUUCCCUUCCCCCUCCCUUCCCCGAAGACGAUUACGCCUCUUAUCUCUGGAACUGUAUCAGCCACUCGGAAAAGAAAGAGGCGGAAAAGCGGGGAGGGACGGGUACUCUCAACAAAUACUGUUCCUAUGUUCUCCGACAUAAGAACUAAACGGAAAGUAUUCCAUACCAGGAAGAACUUGUAUGGAGAGAGGACGUUUUGACACGACUUUGUUAACGAAAAUAUGGAAAGCGUUGCUACUAUAUCUUAAGCCAAAAAUAAAAAAUAAGAUAAAACA